AUGUCUGAACACCUAAACCGUAAAGCGCUUAAAAAACGUAAAAGCAAAGAGAAUGAAACCCUGAUCAAUGUCAAAAACAUCUUACCCUUUGUUUCCUUGAAUCUCAAUAAAGAUACAUCACAACUGCUUUGUGGCAGUGGUAGUGAUGACAAUUUUUCACAUAAUGAAGUUGAACAAACAAUGAAAUCACUCUUACAAAAGUAUUGGGAGAGACCUAAUGAACUUGAAAAUAUUUUGCUUCAUCAGCUUUACUUAAAAUAUAGGUUUUACAAUAGUGGUUGGAGCAUAUACAAAAAUGAAAAUAUCAUACACAUUUGGCCACAACCUUCACCCGAAUGUAAUGGUUCUUACUGGGAAGAUUUUUGCUAUAUAAAAGUUCUUCUUCACCAACACAUUAUGAAAAUUGAUAAUGAUCUCACAGAUUUAUUAGAUUCCUCUGUGAAUAAUGUAGAAGCUGAAUUUAGUAAUAAGAAUGAUGACCAGCUAGAUGAUGAGGAAUAUGAGAAUGAAAUAUAA